UAUCUCUCUCUCCCUGUGCUCAAAGAGAAGCUAAUUUCUCUGCCUUGAAUUUUGUAACCCUUAAACUUGAUAGAUUCACUGUCUUAAAGUAUUUGUUUCGAACAUCAGCAGAGCCUUCUCCACAUCACUGUGAGUGCCGCGGACUCUAAUUCUCUCUGUAAAAACCCUAAUUUCCUCCUCCAAUAAGCUAGUGGCGUUGAGAGACCGAAUCUAGGCUAGGGCACCAGCUGAUUGUGUUUUGCUUUGUAUUGCCAGCAUGUUUAAGCGUGCUUUCUUUUUGUAACUGUGGCGUUCUUGUCGUUUUUUUUUCCUUCGAUCUUAUGAGUUCGUGUGGAUUAAUGUGAGAUUCUGAGAGAAUUUAAGAGUUUAGACUUUGUUUGGUUGCUGAGAAAAUUAGAGGAAAAGGAAGGAAAUGAGAUUUUGAGCCGUGUUAUAUGCAAUAGGAAUAAUUUUGCUAUCUAAAAUUGAUUUUUCUUCAGUUUCGGUUUUUAUAAAUUUUUGGCCAGGGUACCAAACACGAAACGCUUGUAAAUGUUUUCCUUUGUAUGGUUUGUAGAGUUUAAUUACCUAGAUUUGGCGGCAUUGUUGAUUUGCUCAUAGGUCUUCUUCUGCAAGAAGGGGAGAGGAUAUAAUUUCACUUGGUCGAUGCUUCCUUAGCUUAGUGAUGCUAAACUUGGUGUGAAUGCUUUCUUUUUAUUUUCGUGAUUAUUUUCAACUUAAAUUUUCUUGAUCAAUGCAGAUUCUUAGUGAAUCAAAUACUGAACUUAAGUUAUUGCUUGGUUAAUUUCAGUUUUCUUUGGGGCUGGUUCCUGUGACACCUUUAAUCUUAAUUUUUGAAUAAAGAGAAUAUUACAUUAGUGUCACCAUGACCUGUAGGAAGCUCAGCAACUUUUUUGGAGUAAUGAAAAUACUUUAAGAUGUGAUCAUUAUCAAGCUUUAGCUCUUUGUUUGAUUUGUGAAGUUGAUAGUGUAUUGAAGCGGAGUUGAAGCCCAAAAUGGGCAAGUUUUAUUUACAUUUGCAUACAUAUCAAGUGAAGUCAAUGCACCCAAUAUAGCCUCUCUCUUUCUCCCUUCCUCUCUUUUGUUAUUAGGAAAUAUUACUGGAAUUAGAGAUGAAGGAUAUAAAAAUAAGAGAUUUUGAAACCUAAAGUAACUGUUAGUGACAACUUUAUUAUUAAACUUAGUCAUUAGAUUCUAUUCAUUAUUUUAGGGAGAUUCGACACAUGGAAUAUUCUUAGAAGAAGGGCUACUGGAAAUUAUAAGGCAAUUAAUGUAAUUUGUUUUGUUAUUUUGCAUCCUUUAUUGUGAUAAAAACUGUUAGUGGCAUUGAGGUGGUAAAAUAUCAUUACUCAUGGCAGUAUGCUGACCCACUAUAGCUUGUGGUCUGAUGAAAUUUGGUUGUGCUGUAGAAGGUUUUCAUAUUCAAAUUAAGGUUGGUAUUUUGGAGUUUAUUUGUGGUUAUUGAGGGAUCUUAAUUUCUUCAGAGGUUGUUGCAGCCUUUUCUGGCUUCCUAGAUUUCUUGAGCAAGAGUUGUUAUUUUGUUAAGAGACGCUGUGCAGGUUUUUAUUAAGUACAAGGAUUUCAAGCAUUCUUUCUUCCAUUUUUUCCUGUGUUUUAAGUUCACAUUUGUCUCUUUGCUGGAUUGGACUACACUGCUUGUAGCAUUCUCUUCAGGUUUUUUUAUAUAGGAAGUUAUGAAUUGUAGGAGCAAGCCAGAGAAGAGAAUAAAGAGUAUUGUUGGUGUCGAGGUUAACUUUGUGGAAGUUGCCCCCUCUAUUGUAAUCCCAACCAACCAGAGAAAUUCAGAAUCAAAUCAAAACAAUCCAAAGCUAACCAUGUUGCAUAAUAGGGCCACUAAGUGGAUAAAUAGUUUGUAUAGGGUAGAGUGACUUGCAAACUGUACUUUUACAGUGUAUUUUUGCAAUUGAGACUUGUCAGUUUCACUGUUCUUUUAUCUCUUUGAUAAAUGAUAGUGCAAAAGUUUAUUGUUAUAUGUAGCUCUCAUUGAUUGCCUUGCUAAUAAAGCAUUCAUUGUGUGGUGAAGUGAAGAUGAGUGAAGUCUUUUGUUUGCAUAUUUUCUAUAUGGUAAUUAUAUGUAUGGACCAUGAAGAGUACAGCCAAGAUGGUUUUUCUGUAACAUAAGUAUGAUUUGUUGUUGGUUUUUGAAGCUUAUGUGAGAUUUUCCUAAUGUGCAUUUUCUUACGGUUACUUCUGCCUAGAAUGUUGGUUUUUUUUUUUUUUUAAUCUUAUGUUUCAACAAAGAUUGUCAUGGAAUUGUGCAGUAGGUUCAGAACUUGUUGUGCAAUUAUGUCUUUUGUUUGCAUAUUUUCUAAAUGGUAAUUGUAAGUAUAGACCAUGAAGGCACAUCCAAGAUGGUUUUUCUGUGUGACAUAAGUAUGAUUUGUUGUUUGUUUUGGAAAUUGUGUGAGAUUUACCUUAUUUGAAUUUUCUUUCUGCUACUGCUGCCUGGAAUGGUUUUUCUAUUUUUUAUUUUAUGUUGUUUCAACAAAGAUUGUUAUGGAAUUGUGUUGUAGGAUUAGAAUUUGCUGUGGAAUGGACGCUUUUCAUACUUAUCGCAGAACUUGGAAUGAAGUAUUUGAGAUAUAUCUUGCCUGUGUUUCUUUAAGAGAGAAAAUGGGAUUUCUUGUUUUGUACCCUGAUAGUUAUAAAAUUGAUGUAAUGGGUGUAGGGUUGUUCAGAAUCAUAGAGAAGAAAAUUUUAAGAUGGAAACUCUUUGGUUUAGCUCAAGCUUGUCAAAGUGGAUAAGGAAGAAAUAAACUUUGAAAUAUUGAUAAGUGAUGAAGCCCCUUCUGUGAACAACCAAUCCUGCAAUGCUGUAGCUAUGACUUGAUGUUUUUAAUUACACAAGAGUCCAAUACUUGUCUUUCAUACUAAAAUGGCCAAAAUGUAUUUCACAAGCCUUUUUCUGUUGUUCUCCAGUGCACCUGUUCCUCUGCACUCAGUUUAGUUUUAUUCAACGGUGAAGGUUUGCCCCAUAUGUGUAUAAGAGUAUUGUAUUCUAGCUCUAUUAAUUUUCAUAUUUUAAAAAUGUUGAAGUCAUUUAAGAGGAUAGCUGGAGAAGUUUCAGUACUGCAUAUGUAUUCUGAUGCAGGAUAAGUCAUUUCUCUAAUUGUGAUUUGUGAAUGCUACUUAGGAUAUAAUUUUUGUGCAUAGCUGCAUUUGUUUUGCCAUUGUGUCAUCACAUUACUUAAUGUCUAACAUAUAUUGAAUACUGGGCUAGUUUUGCACAGGAUAACUUUUUGCGUGCUAAGAGCUUGACAGUUAGACAAGAUUAAAUGUAUAUAAAGGAGGUAGCAUCUUUCUGUCCACACCAUUUUUGUUGCUAAAUAUUUGUGGGGUGGAUUAUCUAUGCCUAGCAACGAAGUAGGAGACAGAAUCCACAAUUUCUUUGGCCAAGAGAAUUUGUCACAGGGCCAACAUCACUCACAGGUCAUUGACGGGACCUGGCCUGGGUUAAAUAACAAUUUUUGGGUUGGAGGUGAGAGGCAGAUAGGUUCACCACUUAUUUCCAAUUUGAAGAAUUACAGUGUACAGCAAUCAGCUGAUUCUGAGAGAGGACAUGGUGGUUUGUCUUCAACUCUGCAGCAUGGCUUGAACUUUACACAAUCACUUUUGAAGCCUGAAGUUGCUAGAAGUGACUCUCAAAACCAACAACCAACUUUGAAUGGCUAUAUGCACAGGCAUGAGACAUUGCAGACGAGUCCAAGUGAAUCAAAUUUUCUGGGAGUGGAUGCAGAAUAUAAUCGGCAUAAUUUGACAUCAAGAGGUUUACCAGUUCUUGAUUCACAUGUAGGAAAUGGCCCAGAACUUAACAAGAAAAAUUCAGGAAGGUUGGAAUCUACAGAAUCUCCUGUCAAUUAUGAUUUCUUUGGAGCUCAGCAGCAAAUGAGUAGCCAAAAUCCAGGCAUGCUGCAAUCGUUACCAAGGCAGCCGCCGGGAAUUAGUGAAAUGCAGCUAUUGCAUCAACAAACUGUUUUCAAGAAUAUGCAAGAAUUUCAGAGGCAGCAACAAUUGCUUGAUCCCCAAUUUCAGCAACAAGAAGCAAGGCAACUGAGUUCCAUAGAUCAGAUUUCUUCUGUUGUUAAACAGGGAGCUGUUAGUCACACAUCAGCUCUUAUCGAUGGCAUUCGCAUUCAGGAUGCAUCUAAUUAUUCAUGGCAGCCUGAACUUGUGGCAGGCAAUACAAACUGGUUGCAGUGCAGUGCCUCUCCGGUGAUGCAAGUAUCCUCAAGUGGAUUUAUGUUUUCGCCUGAUCGAGGCCAGGCCCGUGUUAUGGGUUUGGUUCCUCUACAAAACGAUCAAUCUUUGUAUGGUGUCCCUGUCACUAGCUUGAAAUCUAAUCCAAAUCAAUAUAUCCAGAUGGAGAAGCCUACAGCACAACAUACAUCUGGUAGCAGUAAUUCCUUUGCAGGUAACCAAUAUCCUUCUUUUCUGGAUCAGGGUAGCAUGCAGGAUGGAGCUAUGGUUUCUAGGCAGGGCCAUCAGGGAAAGAACACAUUUGGGCCUGAAGCUGGACAAGGUUUUCAUAGUGAAGUUAAUCUUGAGAACAUGCAGCAAUUGAAUGCCCAGCAAAGGAGUGCACCCAUGCAGGAAUUUCAUGGGAGGCAAGAGUUUGUCAGUCCAUCAGAAACAGCACAGGAGAAAACUGUGAUGCAGGUUGCGUAUUCACAGAGUGCAGCUACCCUAGAUCCAGAGGAAGAGAAGAUUUUGUUUGGCUCAGAUGAUAAUUUGUGGGAUGCCUUAGGCAGGGGCACCAACUUAGGCUCAGGAUGCUCAAAUAUGUUGGAUGGUACUGAUUUCCAUGGUGCAAUUCCUUCUUUGCAAAGUGGGAGUUGGAGUGCUCUUAUGCAGUCUGCUGUUGCAGAAACUUCUAGUGAUGAUGUAGGGCUGCAGGAAGGAUGGAGUGGUUUGGGUGUUCGCAAUAGUGAGCCUGUGACCCAUCAGACCUCAUUUGUUAAUGAUGGCAGCAAGCGGUCGUCACCUUGGGCUGAUAAUAACUCACACGCUGCCUCUACACCAAACUCUAGACCCUUUUCCAUGUCUGUUGAUGCUAAUAUGAGUGCUGAUUAUUCUGUUCUUUCUGGUGUUCAGCAAUCUGGAUUGCAGACUUCACAUGAACGACCUGAGAAGUUGCCUGGCGAUUCUUCUCAGCGAUUCAUUCAGCAGUUUUCUGGGGAAGGAAGCAAAUGGUUGGACUGUGGCCCUCUACGGAAACCAAUUGCUGAAGGUGGUCAAGUUUAUGGAAAUGUUACUCAUUCUUCAGAUGCAGAAUUAUAUGUGAAGGGCAUGAGUCCAAGAAGCAUGUCCUCAUAUACUGCCAGUGUAGUGUGCAAUAGACGUAAUGAUUGGAACUUCAUUGAGUCUGUUUCUCCUAGUGGGGGUGCUACUUCGAAAACUCAGGUUAAUGAAAGCUUAUUGCAGCUUAGUCAGAGUAAUGAUCAUAAAAGUACCUUGCAUGAGAAAAUGGUCCAUGGUUCUGGUAUAAGGAAGACUGGUUCAGGUUCCAAUGUAACAGAGAAUGCCAUAUUUGCCUCAGGACAUCCACAGGUCAACAUGGAAGGUUCUAAUAUGAAUAAUACUGCAACAAUAUCAGAUUCAAGUACUUUAAGGGUCAAUCAGAAAAGUGGCCAACAGAUAUCAAAUACCCAUAAUAUAAAUUUCCGGAAAAAUGCUGGUUCUUCUGUGAAUAUUAGAGGAAGUGAGGUUCCUGGAAAAAGUCAGCAUAAUGAUAAGAGCCCACAAAAUAUUGAAUCAUCAGGUAAUAAGGGCUCAGAUAAUGGGGAAAUGGAACAUGAGGCGGAGAAUCCUAGUGUAAAAGAAAAGUCAAGUGACAGUUUUCACUCUAGAAUGUCCCAACAUACAUCCACUGCUAGUUUGGGAGAAAAUGUUUUGUUGGAUGGAAGUGAUACACGUAAUUUACCAGGAGGAAAACAUAAGUCAUCUGGUCAUGUCAGCCGAAAACCUUCUGCAACUCGGAAAUUUCAGUAUCAUCCUAUGGGGGAUGUGGAAAUAAAUUUAGAGUCUUCUUAUGGAAUAAAAAAUGUUGCACAACCACAUUCCAUGCCCCAGCAGGUUUCUCGAGGAUUAAUAGGUCAUGAACAACAUCAUUUCGGGCAGUCAAAAUAUAUUAAUCAAAUUGCCAAAAAUUCUAUGGAAAGUGAGAAGGGUCAUCUGUCUGGUUUUCAAGGCGAUACAAAAUACUUAGAUGAGGUGCCUUCAAGAAGCAAGCAGCCAGGUUAUGUACCUGUUACAUCUCCGUUUGACAAGUCCAUUGGUAAUUAUGCACCAAACAACAAUGCUUCAUUGAGUGAAAAUAUGCUUGAGCUUCUUCAUAAGGUGGAGCAACCAAAGGAGCACAAUGCUGCGGUGCAUAUCAGCUCUUCUGACCACAAUCAAUCUGAGAUGCCUGAAGCAGAAAGCUCUGAUGGGUCUGUUGGUCAUCUUCAGCAAAAUCAGACUUCUUCACAGGGCUUUGGUUUGCAGCUGGCCCCACCAUCUCAACGGUUGUCCAUUCCAGACCAUGCCUCAUCUUCGCAUAGCUCUGCUCAUACAGUUAGUACUGCUAUGGGAAGAAAAGGUCAUGCAUGGUUGUCUUCCUCUACCUCCGGCCAAUCACUGCAUCCUUCCUAUGCAACAUCUCAAGGUGACUCUAGGGGUAAUAUUUCUGGUGGAUCAGGUCAAAUCGGCAAUAAAGCCUCACAGUAUAAUAUCCAGGGAAAUUAUUCUGCAGGUUUUCCUCACCUGAAAAGUCAUCUUCAUAACCAGCAAACGAGUGGUGUUGGCGGACAAGCAACACCAGCUCAAUCUGUCAAGCAAUCUUUUGACAGGUUUGCAUCCCAAUCAAAGCAGAUAGAUAAUUCGUCGGAGAGAACUCAAACUAGUCAGUCAGCGAUGGCAUCAGUACCGGAUAUGUCUAAAGGCUCUGCACACAGUGAACUUGCUUCCUCUGCAGAAACAUCUCAGCGGAGCAGUAACAACGAAAACAAUGCAAGAGGUUCGGCCCAACAGUUCCCUGUCUUGGAGGCUAUGCCAGUUUCACAACCUUCUGUUACACUUGGCAUGUCGCAGCAUCUUGCUUUCUCAAAAAUGUUACCUAAUGCGAGGCCCAGUUUUCCAAACCAACAACUUUCAUCAGUUGCCCAGGUUCCUCCAGUUGGUUUAAGCCCCAGCCUCAAUCGACUAAUUGUAGAAAUAUCUUCUUCUGGAAAGCAGAAGCUGGAUGAUCAAAUUGCCCAGAGAGGAAACAGUGGUUCACCUGGGUUUGCAGGAUAUUCUGUGCUGCCACAAGGUUUUUCUGGGGAUGAGCAGUUGGCGAAAGAGCAGCACAUGUCACGUGAGAACAGUGCAGGCCUAAAGACAGUUGAUGCUUCGCAUUUGCAAGGGAAAGAAUCUGUUCUAGACCAUCUUUCUGAUACAUCUUUUUCAAAUUCUACAACUUCACAGAGAGAUAUUGAAGCUUUUGGUCGUUCUUUGAAACCAAAUAACCUAUUGCCCCAAAAAUACUCCUUGCUGCAUCAAAUUCAGUCCAUGAAAGGUACAGAUGUUGACCCAGAGAAUAGGAGUGUGAAGAGAUUUAAGGGUUCAGACUGUGGUAUGGAUGCUCAGCAGGGAGCUCAUUUGGGAGGACAGCAAUUACCAUAUGGUUCUAAUAACAUGAUCAGAGAUGCAUCAAUACGUAUUGGCUCAUUUCCACCUGGAGAAUCUAAGGUGCUAAACGUUCCACCAAAGAUGGGCAAUAGUCAUGCAACACACGAAUUCCCUGAUGAUAUGGUUGCAAUUGAUCGUGAUGAUUCUCAAAGUAAUUCAAAUAGUAACAAUGCAAUCAGUGUUAGAGGUGAGCAAUCUCAGAUCAGUCCACAGAUGGCUCCAUCCUGGUUUGAUCAUUAUGGGGCCUUUAAAAAUGGGCAUAUAUUACAUAUGUAUGAUGGACAGAAAAAAGCUGCUUUGAAUACUAUGGAGCAAUCCAUCAUUGUUGGAAAGACUUCUGAUAGUUUGCAUGUUGGCCAUUCAAUGCCAGCAAAUGCUGUUGCUGAUGCCAGUCACCGUAGAAAUGCCCAGCAAAGUUCCAGCCCGAUGUCACAGGCAAGUGACCAUCUUUCUUCCCGUCAGUCCUUGCCACCUGUUAUCACUGAUCAAAGUUUGGUGCUUGUGAGACCUCAGAAGCGUAAAACUACCAGAUCUGAACUUCUACCUUGGCAUAGAGAAGUGAUGCAGGGUUCUCAAAGGCUUCAAAAUAUCAGCAUGGCAGAAAUGGAGUGGGCCCAAGCAGCAAAUCGGUUGAUGGAAAAGGUGGAAGAUGAGACUGAAUUGAUUGAAGAUGGGCCGCCUGCUCUUAGAUCGAAAAUAAGGCUUAUUUUAACAACUCAGCUUAUGCAGCAAGUCUUUUCCCCUCCUCCAGGAAAACUUCUCUCUUCAGAUGCUAGUUCGUACUAUGAGAGUGUGACCUACUUUUUUGCCAGAUCAACAUUAGGAGAUGCAUGCAGUACAAUAUCUUCAUCUAGAACUGAUACGGCUGCACAUCCUGACAGUGGAAAUUUAUUUUGUGAGAGGCCCAAAACAUCUGAGAGAAUUGGUGAUCAGUACAUCACAAAGGCCAUGGAAGACUUCAUCGAUAGAGCAAAGAAGGUGGAAGAAGAUUUGUCAGGACUAGACAAGAGAGUGUCCAUCUUAGACUUGAUAGUGGAAUGCCAGGAUCUAGAGAAAUUCUCUAUCAUCAAUCGCUUUGCAAAGUUCCAUGGCCGGUUGCAAGCCGAGGGGGCUGAGACCUCAUUGUCUUCCGGUACAAAUGCUCAGAAAUUAUUCCCUCAGAGAUAUGUUACUGCACUUCCAAUGCCCAGGAAUCUCCCUGAUAGGGUACAAUGUCUUUCACUUUGAUCUUCAAUUAAUUGUUUUUUUCCCUUUCUUGGCCAAUUCUCGUCACAUCCCUCAUGCUUCUUUUAUCUAUCUUCUUCCAAAUUAUAUACUCAGCACUUGCUCAUAAUUGAACCACAGAAAUGGGAAUGUAGAAGAAAGUCUCCUUAAACUCUGCGGAGACUGUUAGAUUUUGUCUAGGCCAUUGAUGUCAUUCUUCAGAAUUAUAAAUUGGUCUUUGUAUACUUCUUUGGACGUCUAGAGAGAAACUAGAUGCUGCCCCUAUGAUUUUUUCUUAAGUAAAUGGGGAGAAUAGGAGCUUGUUCUGUUUUUUUCAAAGGUGUCCAUACAUAGCUUAAGUUCCGGGCAAAUUAUGUGUAUUCUCAUCAUUGAUGCUUUGAAUCAUGGGGUUCAAUUUAUGGAUUAAGGGUUUCAUGUUUCUUCCUUUUUCAUUGAUUUCUCCUUUUGGGGUCGGGAUGGAGGGGGAGGUGCAAUGAUGGCAUGGAAACUUGUAUUGCCAUUUUACAGCAAGAAUUAGGCUAUUCUUUUCAUGUUAUUAUUUGGCAUUGUUUGUUUGAACUCUUACAAAAGCUUGUAACCAUUUUGGUCGGAAUUUUAGCCGAAAUAGACAAACAUCAAUUAACAAAAUUCAAUUAAUAGUUCACAAACUUGUUUCUAAUUA